UGUUUUCGAUGCAUUUGACAUAUGUACACCAAAGAUUGAUUGACAACCACAGAUUUUGCGGCGGAUCGGUUCAAUUGGUUGGUUUUUAUACGUUUUAACUGGCGCGAAUUCGGACAGAUGACAAUGUGCAAUUUAACUGGUGAAAAAUCCGGUCACUGGCGCACUUGUUUACUUUUUUUGUAAAUUAAGUUUAACAUGUAAUUUCGUGAUUGUUAAAAGACAACAAGCUUUAAACAACAUCGUCUGAACUGAAUACGCUUUUGAAUGGAUUAUUCGAACAAUGCCUACAUUGAAGAUGAAGUCAUGGAGACAGAGUCGUCUUCGAAUUACGACUCGGAACGCACAGUGCCAAUGAAUUCGUCUUCUUCAAUGAAUUCAGUUCAUCCGAGCACUGGCCAGUAUGAGGUUGUGGUUGUCUCCAGUGUAGGUAUGCAUGUGGAGGGGCCUAUUCCUUUCAUAAACCCUGAGAUCCCAGUAGAACAACACGCAAUCGUACAAAUAGAAUCAAACGACGUAGACAAUAUUAAUGUAGAUAAUGAUGGUGAUACAAUAUCAAUAGCCAGUAACCAUUCAGAGGAGAGCAAUCAAGUCGAACCCGUCAAAGACAAUAAAAACAGUAUAAACGAGGACUCGUUCAAUGACGAGGACGACGGACGAUUGUGUCCCAUUUGUUUGGACAACUGGACCAACACCGGCGAUCAUCGGAUAUGUGCCCUAAAAUGUGGCCAUUUGUUUGGUUUCAAGUGUGUGAACCGUUGGCUGGAGUCACAGAGCAAGAAGUCAUGUCCCACUUGCAAGAAAAAGGUGAAUCGUGGCGAUCUGCGAUAUAUAUACGCGAAAAAACUAAUAGCUGUGGAUACAAGCGAGUUGGAAACCAUACGAAAACAACUGGACUUGGCCGUCGAGGAAAAGACGAAGAUCCUGAUGGACUUAUCGAAGUACGCGUGUAGAGAACACAUGUUGAACCAGGAGAUUCAGCAGCUCAAAAAGCAGAUACAGGGUUUGACUCACAAUCGGGGCGAUUUUAAACAGUCGCAGCCCACCGGCAGUCUGUCCACUAGUAGUAUGGCCAGAUUGUUCAUGGAUAAAUCCAUGGAGAUUUGUAGACAGGGCGGGUGUCGCGUGUUCGAUGCCACGUGCAGAGUGGACAUGCUGAUGGCGUCGAUGAAAUCGCCUAACAACAUAUUCGCCGGUUAUGGUCUACGAAAAGUCAACAUUUCGCAGUACAAGCCGCUGGCGUUCAUUCCCCUGCACAGCUUGCAGAUACGCGACGUGUGCUUCCACUGGCAAAACAACUGGGUGCUAACGGCGUCCAUGGAUAAAACGUGCAAGGUUGUAGAAACCGAUACCAAUUCGGUGUUGUUCAGCACCACGCAGGACAUGCCGUUGUGGUCGUGCUGCUGGGACGCCACCAAUCCGUUCGUCAUGUACAUAGGCAAGCAGUCCGGGGCCGUCGUGCAGUACGACGUGCGCAAUCUGACCAGCUGCGUGGCCAAUCUGAGCAUCGAGGGCGACAUGUCGCCCGUCGUUUCCGUUGCGUCCAUACCGGCGACGUCCAACGGCGAUCUAGUCAGAGGAGGUGUGAUCUCGUGCAAGCUAAACUCCCUGUGGGUGUUCGAGAAUGCCGGCGUCUCGCACAUCCGGCAUCCGCUCUCGUUGGAGGGCCCGUUCGUCUCGAUGAAAUACGAACAGGACACGAAACAGCUGUUGGUGUCCUCGCGACCGAAUAACAGGAUUUCGUACGCCAGACACACGCUCUGCACUUUGGAGAAGGUGAGAGGCGAUCACGGCGGCGACAAAUUGAAUUGCAACGUCCUGCAUUCGUUCCAAGGGGGCGGCAUGCAGAAAUUGCUCUCCAAGUCUUGUUUCGUAUCGGAUAAACAGGAGUACGUUGCGGCUCAUAACGAAUCUAGCAAAAGUGUGCACAUAUGGAGCAUCAAUACAGGUCAAAGGGUUUGCACUGUGCCUGCGCACGAGGCCGUUUUGGAUUUGGGCGGCAUCCAAAAUCAAAACGGUAGUUUCCUAUUAUCCUUAACUGAAAGGAAGUUGGAGUUUUUUAAAUUUAACUAGACCAUUUUUUCUCAUAAAUGUAUUAAAAUGUUUAGAUUUAAUCUUAUGGCUGUAUUUUUCUAUAAUUAUUUUCAUAAUAUUAUUACAACUUUUUGAAAUAUUUACCUGAAUGUGUAAUCUGAUUAUACUAAAGCAUAGCAUCAUGGGAAUUUUAAGAAUUUAAUUUGUGUUUAGUCUAAAUAGUUUCGGAUUUUACUACAUAAUUACACAUUAUAAAAUCUUCUAGAUGAUUCUAUAUCAAACCAUACUCAUCCUAUUCCAAUGUCAUUUCUAAUAUUUGUUGUGAUACUGUCGUAAAUUUCUCAAUGUAGCCAUUAUUUGACAUGACUGCAUAACUUCCAAUAUUAUAUACCUUUCUAUCCUUCUAGUACUGUUCGUAACGUCUAUGUCUGUUUCUGCAACCUUAACAAUUUUUGGCAUUUGGAAGUGUACUUUAAAAGUAGGGGCGAACCAAAAAACGAACGAGUAAUAACCUACAUGCAAUAAUUUAAGAUUGAAUGUGCCUCAAUUUAUUAAUAGCUUUAGUAUAGGUAAGGAUAUAAUUUAAUGGAAAUAUGCAGUUACAACCUUUGACGUGUAUUGGUUGCAACGUAGUGUUUCUUGUUACGGAGAUGGACCUUUAAAACUUACAGACAGCAUCAACACAAGUGCACCAUUUGCAGACUUACAGAUUUGUACCUCAGAAUCACACAACCUGGCUACUAGACUACUUUUGACUGAAAUGAAACUUCUAAAGACAUUGAAAUUGGCUCUAAGAUUCAUCAAUCAAUAGAUUCAAACCUGUAGAUUCAUUGGGUACGAAAAGUCGAAUAUCUCACAGUACAAACCUCUAGCUUUCAAACUAUAUAAAUACCACCGCACACAAUCUGUAGUUGCGACAACUGGGGACUGAUUGCGUCACUUAAGGUUUGCCGUGGAAACUGUUGAUGUGUUUUUGUGCACGUUCUGCGUUUUGGAAGGAUGGAAUUUGAAUACGACACCACAUUGGAAUACAGGUCAAAGGGUUAGCACGGUUCCCGCACACGAAGCCGAUUUGGAUUCGGAACGGAUCCGGAGCCAAAACGGCGGUUUCCUAUCGUCUUUAACUGAAAGAAAGUUAGAGUUUUAAAAUUUAACUAGACCAUUUUUUCUCAUAAAUGUAUUAUAGUGUUUAGAUUCGAUCUUAUGGCUGUAUUUUUCUAUAAUUAUUUUCAUAAUAUUAUUACAACUUUUUGAAAUAUUUACCUGAAUGUGUAAUCUGAUUAUACUAAAUAUAUUAUAAAAAUUUCAA